UCAAUGCUCAACACCGUUCUGAGCCGGCCACUUCUUUCGCUGUUUAAUGCGGCCAUCGCUGUUAACUCUACUGCGUAUGAGGACGAGGAGAAGGAGACUGGGAAGCGUGUGUUUGUGGGAAGCAAGACGGAGACGGCACUUUUGAACUUUGCGAAAGAACUUGGG